AUGUUGAGGAGGCAGAUAUUUAUCAUUUUGGGAAUCGUUAGCUUGUGUCAUUGUCAAAGGAAUGGGAUUAGAAGAAGACCCAACAGGAGACCGUUGAGAAGACCGGGAAAUUUGCAAAGGCCACAUCACGAAUCCUCAUCAUCUCCAUGUUCGGGCGGAGGAUAUUGGGACACUGCCGUAAAUGACGUACCCAACGAUACCCCGUUUAGGGAAAAUCCAAAAGAAAACGAGGCACUCGACGUAAUUUUAAUAAAAUUUAAUUUCACGUUCAGGCUUGCGUUAUUAGCAGCAGCGGGAGGAGCAGCUGUCGGAUAUCAUUUGGGACAAAAAUUUCAAUCACAAUCCCCCGAACAACCCUACGCAAUCAUCAACAAUAAUAUUUAUAACGAAUAUCCGCCACCUUGCGUGGUCGCCGUUCAACAUGACGAAGGAGGAGGCGGCGGCGGUGGUGGCAUCGGUGGUAUUUUAAGCGAUUUUAUUGACAAUCAUCCUGCCAUAUCGAACUUUUUGCAAGGGAAUUGGUUCGGAGGAGGAGGAGAUAACAGAGGAGGAAACAACAACAACAGCAAUAGGAAAAACAACGUGAACUGGAACAGAGCCAUCAGACAAUUCACUAGAGUCGUCAGGCCCAUAACGAGAAUAUUUCGUUAA